CUCCACGGUGCACCGAGCCUCCUUUAACCGUAAGGGGAUCGACGGUGGGAAAUCUCCGCGCCACAAACACUGCUCGGGGAACUCUGGGAAACCAAGGAAUCCAGGCCAAGACGUGGAAGCCACUAGAGAUCAAAGCCUGGGCUCACCGCCACCACGCCUGCCUCCCAAGCCCAGGGAGGAGACUCCGGCCGAGAAGAAGCCCUCCUAGGGGAGUCUCCCCGCCACUCCCAUCACCCCUGUCACCGUCAGGGGCCUCCUGGAACUGGUCGCUACACACACACUGGCACAGCGGGAGACAGGCCCGCUGUAGCCACACACAAGAUGGCAGCCACGCACCUACCGAGGGAAAAGCGGCGCCACCACUCCAGCGAUGCGGCUCCCUAAGACUGCGGAGAAGCCCUAUUGGCCGCCGCAGACAGCGCGAGACCCGCCGAGAGCGGCGCUGGCCAAUCGGAGAGCGGCGCCCUCGGAGCAGCGCGCCGGGCCGCGGAACUCGCGCGGAGCGUCCUAGGCGCUGAGCGGCAGCGGCUGUAGCCAAUGGGCGGCGCCUGGGCGGGCCGGGGAAGGCGGGCGCCGCGUACGGGCGGGGCUCGCUGCCGGCGGGAAUCUCCGGGGCUCAGGUGAGGGCGUCUUUUGACAGGUGGCUCAGGUGUGAGGCGUGCAGGGUGCGCUGCGGGUCGGUCCGGCUCUCCCCCCGCGCGUGCGGGCGGCUCACCGUUCCGGUAGCUGCGGCGGUCCGGGCUCUCAGUUGCCUUUUCCCCGUCUGUCUCGGGGCGCUCGCCUGCGUGGCUGGUGGUUCCUGAGCAACUUGGCUGUGACCGGCGGUGGGCGGCGAAGUACGGAGUCAGACGCCGAAGCGGGACUCGGGGAGGUUUGCAGACUGGUCCACUCCCCAAGAAUGUUUGGUGCAUUUGUGGACCAAAGCAUGGAAUUAAUUUUUAUUUUUGGAAAGACAGUGCCAGUGGUCCUCCUCCAUCUGUCAGUUUGGAGUUGAUGAGGAUGCUGUUCCUGUUUUGCAUGGACUGGUCGUCAUUCUGAGUGUCUCAAGCACAGCUCUGUUUGGAAACUCGGGUAUCCAAGAGUUUGGGUAACGGCAUAAGACAUCCUCUAUCUGAGGACUGCAGAGUUCAUAGAGACCCCAUCUGGACUCUCCAGUCAGAGUGGCACUCUCGAUUCACUGAAUUUGGGAGAAUUUUAUAUAAGUAACAACAAAAGAUGGGAGAAAGAAAUGAUGAUGCAAGGACUUUCUGGAUGAAGCUACAAGAUGACGGUAAAGUGGACUUUAUGUUUGAAAAAACACAAGAUGUGCUGCAGUCACUGAAACAGAAGAUAAAAGAUGGGUCUGCCACAAAUAGAGACUGUGUCCAAGCAAUGAUUCUGGUAAAUGAAGCAAAUAUAAGUAACAGUCCAACAAAGGAUCAUAUACCUAUGACUCAGAAUGAACAGGAAAACAAAUCAAAUGCAUUUCCCUCUACUUCAUGUGAAAACUCCUUUCCUGAGGACUGUACCAUUCUAUCUCCAGGAAAAGAAGCAUUCCUCCCUGUAACCAGGAAAGCCACUGACCUGGGAAAGAAGGAACCCCCUUUGAGUGUGUCUUUCUGUGGCCACAUCUGUUCCAGUGCUUGUCUAAUGGAAACACCACUGUCCUUGAAGGGAGAAAACCCUCUGCAGCUACCAAUCAGAUGUCACUUCCAAAGACGACACGCAAAAACAAAUUCUCAUUCUUCUGCUCUCCACGUGAAUUAUAAAACGCCCUGUGGACGGAGUCUACGAAACAUGGAGGAAGUUUUUCAUUACCUUAUUGAGACAGAGUGUAACUUUUUAUUCACAGACAACUUUUCUUUCAAUACCUAUGUUCAGUUGACUCGGAAUUACCCGAAGCCAGAUAAAGUUGUUUCUGAAGUGGAUAUUAGUAAUGGAGUGGAAUCAGUGCCGAUUUCUUUCUGUAAUGAAAUUGACAGUAGGAAACUUCCACAGUUUAAGUACAGAAAGACAGUAUGGCCCCGAGCAUACUAUCUAAAUUUUUCCAGCAUGUUUUCUGAUUCUUGUGACUGUUCUGAGGGCUGUAUAGACAUAAAAAAAUGUGCAUGUCUUCAGUUGACAGCAAAGAAUGCGAAAGUACGUUCCUUGUCACCUGAUGCAGUAUGUACUGGAUAUAAAUAUAAAAGGCUGCAGAGACUCAUACCUACUGGCAUUUAUGAAUGCAACCUGUUGUGCAAGUGUAACCGUCAGUUGUGUCAAAACCGAGUUGUCCAACAUGGUCCCCAGGUGAGGCUACAGGUGUUCAAAAGUGAGAAGAAGGGCUGGGGAGUACGCUGCCUGGAUGACAUCGACAGAGGGACAUUUGUAUGCAUUUAUUCAGGAAGAUUACUAAGCAGAGCCACUCCUGAGAAAACUAAUACUGAUGAAAAUGGAAGAGAACAACAAAAUACUGUGAAAAAUACGCUUUCCAAAAAGAGGAAAAUAGAAGUUGCGUGUUCAGAUUGUGAAACACAUCCUCCAAGUCCUAAAACUGAGAAAUGUCCUACUGAGUUUAGCACUGAUCUCAAAGAGCCUGUUAUGGAAAUGAACUAUAGAAAUAUUUCAGGAACUCAGCGUCUCUCAGUCAUUAGAAGCCCUAAAUUCAAGACAGCUGCUUUUCAUUACAAUGAGAAAAACAUGGGAUUUGUUUCCUCAGAAUCUACCAACCCCGAAGAUAAGAGUGGAUUUAAGCCAGCUCACGCACACAUAAACUCUAAAGCUAGAGGGCAAGAAAGGGUCUAUGAAGUUACAGAAAAGAUGGAAAAAAGGACAUGUGCCCUCUGCCCCAAAGGCCACGACUUGAGUGUGAUAUACUUUGCACCAUCGGAGAAUAUAGCUGCUCAUGAAAAUUGUUUGCUGUAUUCAUCAGCACUGGUGGAAUGUGAAGCUCAUGAUAAUCUUAAUAAAUCUAGAAAUUUUGCUGUGAAGUCGGUAAAGAAAGAGAUCUGGAGAGGAAGAAGAUUGAGAUGCACACGUUGUACUAAAGGAGGAGCCACCGUGGGAUGUGAUUUACCAUCCUGUUCCAAGAAUUACCACUUUUUCUGUGCCAAAGAGGACAACGCAGUUUUACAAGUUGAUGGAAUUGAAGGAACUUACAAAUUAUUUUGCCAACAACAUGCUCCAGAACUACCAGGGACCAGUCGAAGUGCUGAGAGCCCAUGCUUGCAGAAAGGGAGAGGAAAGAAGAAGUGCCUCCCAGCAGGCUCCCUUGAACAGCCACCAAAGAAGUUGGGCAGACUCAAAAGACAUAGGACAGAAGAGCCCCGCAGCCACAAAGAUGCAAUUGCCAAAGUUCCUUUUCUUAAGAAAUGCAAGGAAGCAGGACUUCUUAAUGAAUUAUUUGAAGGGAUACUAGAAAAACUUGAUUCAAUUCAAGGGAAACUCCUGAGUGAGACUGCUUCAGAAUCAGACUAUGAAGAGAUUGAUACUUUACUGUUUGACUCUGGAUUGUUUGAAGACACAUUAAUAAAAUUCCAGGAAGUAAUACGGAGUAAAGCUUGUGAACAUGAAGAAAGGCAGAGGAUGCUGACGGGACAGCUUGAGGCACUUGGGAACUUAAAGCAAACUCUGUGCUCAUUUCAAGAAAACGGAGACCUGAACUACUCCAGCUCUACUUCAGAAUCCUCGGCGUCUCCCUGAGGACCCCCAGUUCAAAUGCCCAGUCUACUGAGAUGCAAGCAGGCUGGAAGACAGUCUGUGACAGCUACCUAGGUCCGCAUCCCUCCCUGACCCGCUACUGCUGAUCGCUCUUUUACACAUGACUGGGUGUUUCUUGUCUCCUCUCUUCAUCCUACUUUUUCCGUGCCAGUAAAAACUGCUCCUCAGGUCAUCUGGGUCAGCUGAGAACAGACCCUCCCAUCUGUUCUCCAAGUUCUCUUUGUUGGUGCCUUCCUACCCACCCCAGUCAGCGGCAGCAAUUCCAGAGUCCUUGCAUAUCCUGUGGGGGAAUCUUGGACCUUUCCUUUGUCUCUGCUGCCCCUCCAGUAGGUCUUAUAACAGCCCCCUCACAGUAUUAAUAACUCCAAUAGAGCAGAGCAAAAACCCAUCCCUGUGGCUUGCUGUUACCCUGAGUUUCUGCUCACAACCACAUUUCUAAGACUUAGCAUGCUCAGUAAAUGUUUGUAAAAUACAUUGUAAUGAGUGAGUUUAUUGAAUACAGUUCACAGCAGCCCUCAGCGGUAACAAUGUAGAAUACACUGCUUUGUUUUACCGAUUUGACAGGUCUUCAUCAGUCUUCUUAGAAGUGUCUUUUUGGCCAGAGUUAUUAUUACAAGGGCAUGUGUCAUCUUCAAGACAAACAUCAUCAUUUGACACUUGGUUCUUUGAAUAUGAGCAUCAUUAAGAAUUUGGAAUGGGGAAGAAUUAAGAUAUUUUUCCCACCUAACAAUAUGCAAUUCAGAGCUGUAUGCCUACAUUGCUCCUGCACAUUGACCCUUGACUCCUUCACAUUCAGUUCUGAUUUCAUAUCAUGAUUCUCAGGUCCACAACAAGGCUAGCUAUCAGAGCCAUGUCCACAGUUUAGAAUGAGUGCUCAAACAUGCCUGUUAAAGAAUCAUUCCUGGUGCAAUGCUGGUCCCAACACCAGCUUAAGUCACUUCAUGAAGGGUAACCAGAAAUGACUGCAAUCUGACCACCCAUCAGCAUCAGCUGGGACACUUCUAUGUUAAAGCUUCCUCUCCUGCCUAGAUCCAGCUUUAACCUGCCACUCACAGUAAGUUAUAUGGCACAAGGGAGCACUACUUAAUUGGGUUCACAACGUUGGCAAAUAUUGGGCAAACAGACCAAAUAAGACUGCUCUCUUAUUAGUGAAAAAUGAGCCAAAUAAUCAUACCCAUCAUUCUAUAUAAGAAAAUGUCUGGAAGCCCAGGGUAUUAGAUGGCACUGUGGGAAGUAAACAUUAGGGAUCUUGAACACACAUCCCCUUAUUCAAUGCUGCAUUUUGUAGACCUAGGGGAAGGCUCAUCAACACUGAUGUUUAGCUUACGGUUUUAUAGAUGAGCUAAAAACAAAUUUAUGGUUUUUCCCUAUUCUACACAAACCAUCUUCAGAACAACUGUUUGUUGGGUCAACUCCAUUUGGUUCCAUUAUUUAAAAACAAACUAACAAACAAAAAACUGGUGAGAUGGUUCAGCACUUGCCACCAAGCUUGACGACCUGAGUUUAAUGCCAGGAACCCACACAGAAGAACUGACUACUACAAGCUGUCCUCUGACCUCCACAAGAGUGCCACGGCACAUGCACUCUUGUACAAAAUUAACAUUAAAAAACCCUUUAUAGCACAUUAUAAUAUCCCAUUAUAUCAUUGGUUGUUAACCCGAUCUCCACUUUCCCCUAAUAAGUGAUAUGUAUCACAACUGAUAUGGCUGCUACUUUUCAUUUUUAAGUAUUCCCAAUUCAAAUGCAUUUCCCACUCUGAUAAUUCAACUGCACUUUAACAGAAAUAAAAUCUUUAGGUUGGGUGUAGUUAAGAUAGUUGAGAUGUUGUUGACACGUUUAUAGUGGUAUCUUAUUUGUAUUCCAAUAUUGCUAAUUUUUAAAACUGUGAUACAAUAUAUGUAAAAAAAUUUACCAUUUCAAUGCUUUUAAGAAUAUCAGCUUGUCUGUGAAGCUUUGCUAACAGUAAAAUAAA